CUCAAAGCAUACAAAAACACACAAGGUAAGAUACCGAUGCAAGCAAGUCUGUCUCUUGGCUAACAUUACCUUUCAGGCAUUACCUCAGAGGCUCAAAGCCUGCAUUCAACAAGAGCGUGAUCGGAACUUCGUUUGCCCCAUAAUUUCGCUUCCUUCUCAUUCCUUGAGCAAGCUCAAUCAUUUUCACCUCAUCUCUAAUUCUUUGUCCUGAUAUUACAGCCGACAAAUAAAUUCCAAUUACCUCCAGCAUGCAGCGAGCGGCCCAGGACGGCCUUGAAUGGCAACAAUCAUGGCUGUAUUUGCUGCCAGUAUGGACGCGAGAGCCUUCCAUAGGCGACAUUGAAAGCGUAUCCCGUCAACAGCUCAAGAUACCGUCAGAUAAUCCCUGCACUGUCACAUUUCACGCAGCAGGUGUCUUCAACAAGGUCUAUCUCGUUCGUACUGAGGGGAGUACUUUCAUCAUGCGCGUCACCUUGCCUGUCUACCCGCGACAUAAAACACGCGCCGAGGUCGUUACCUUGAAAUGGGGCACAUCUGCGGAAAAGCGAUGGCGUACCAUGUCGAUGGAGCAGAAGAUCGCGCUCACGAAGCGAUUUGCGACAUUCCAGUUUGAACUAUCAGGUCUCGAGAAGCAAGAAUCAGCGUUCAAAAGUAUAGGGACAUUGGAUUCUCCUGAGAUUAACCUCGAGGCCGACCCCGAGGCGCCUGAAGCUACGGCGGCACCUGGGCGCAUGAUAUCCCAUGAGUUCUUCGAGGGGGAUCAUCUUACAUACGACAUCCCGAGGGGGCCAUUUCUCUCUACUCAUGAUUGGCUAAGCGCCGUAUUGGCAAUCAUCAUACGCCAUCAGAACUUGGUUCUAGAGAAAUCUAAGGAUGAAGACGAUAUUGAAGACGCGGAAGAGAUCUUGCCAAUAGCGCAAAGCCUUCUGGCUUAUCUUCCUAAAGUUUUCCCUCCGGAUUUGAGCAGGCCAGAGCCAUCAGCUCUCCAUCACCAUGAUCUCCACCUCGACAACAUUCUCGUUGACGAACAAGGAGAACUCACAGCUGUGAUCGACUGGGAAUGUGUGUCGGCACUACCUCUCUGGAAGGCGAGGCAAGUUCCCAAGUUCCUUGAUGACAAACCUCGUGAAGAUGAGCCGCAGCGCGACGUAUAUGCGGACGAGACACCAGAAGAGGCUGCCGAAGAAGCGGGGAGGCGCAACGACCCAGAUUACCUGGACAACGAAGGCAAGAAUGAACUGUACUGGAUUCACAAGAUGGAGUAUGAGACUACGCAGUUACGGAAAGUCUACAAAGCCAAAUUGGAUGACCUGUGUCCGGACUGGGUCGAGGAGAACCCUUUGAAAGACGAUUUCUACGAAGCAGUCUUGCAAUGUGACGGAUUGUGGACGAAAAAGGUUCGUAGAUGGGCGGAGUGUACUGAGAAGGACGAGUCAAUAAGGUUCAAGGACGUUUAGGUGAAAGACUCCAAAGAGAAAACGUGUCGUCUUGUUGGCAGGGGGGACGUCAGCUUCGACGAUAACGGUCAAAGAAUUAUAACUUGCUCGCAUCGCUCAGUGGCUUUCUUCCAUAUCGAUAUCGGUAUUACAGUUAAAUUCUAGUCUGAGAGAGACGUAAUCGUGUGCUCUGUCGGAUAGGUGAAGAUGCAUUUGUAUUCAUCUCGAAGUUGAGGACUAACUAGUCAAUAAAGAGGAAUACUCUGGGUGCC